UUCCAAUAAACAAUCAUUUAUUUUGAUAGCCAAGUGCUCUAAUGCCAGAAAAGCAGCAAUGGAUCAGCUUAUGUAUGACUUUAUUGAUACCAUUAUUUCAAUAAACAAAAUGCAACAAAACUCUAUGAAAAUACCUCUUAUUUGUUGUAAUUUCAAUAAAUUCAAGUCACUUGUGCUAAAUGUUGCUAAGGAUGAGACACAACCCAAAUGUACUGAUGCUAUGAUUGCAGAGAUCAGUAAAAUGAUUGAUGGCUUUGCCAAUGAUAUUCUUCAUAUGAUAUGUCCUAAAGAGUACAGUGAAAACAAUGRAGAGUGUGAUCCGAUAGUAGCACUGACACCAUCUAAAGCACCGACACCUCAAACUCGGCCCAAAUCAUUGUUAAUGCCUUUGAUUAAAAUAAUUAUAAACACAUUGCCUUCAAAAACUGGUUUUAUAUGUAUUUAA